GCACCCCCACCCUUUCCAAGUGCAGCAGCUAGAGCUGAAUUUAAGUAUGCGGGGGGGGGGGGGGCUGUUUUCUGAGGGGCGGGAUUUUUCCGUGGAAAAACGACGGGGAGGAACUGUUAAAGAGUCCCUCCGUGCUCUCCUCCUCCUGUGUCCAAGUAGUGUUAGUAUUUGCAUUUGGAAGACUGGACGCAGCGCCGGAAGAGUCUUGUGGCAUAAUCAGGGAACCAAACAUAACGUGCAGGUCACCUUGCUGCCGCCACACAAAAAUCCAAUCCGUUCAUCUUUUAAAUGCCACAGCCUUUCUGGUUGCUUUUGCAGCAGCAGACUAUCAGGGAGACCUCCUCUGACUGGAAUCUGUAAGCUGCGCAGAGACCUGCAGUGGAUGGAGAAGAGGUGCCUCAGUAUCCCCUCUCCCUGCCUGGUCUGUCCUCCUGCACCUUUAAUUCCCAAUUGAAGGUGUGCCUUUAAAAUGGCGUGGGUAUCUCAAUUCUUUUCCCACCCCUGCAAGCCAAGGUAGUCAGGGCCUUUGGUUUAAUUAGCUCGCAAGAGCUAAGGCUUUGCUAGGCCUGAUAUGAGUUUGUUUUGUUGGUAAUUCUGAAAGGGGCUGCUGCUUGCAAUGCCUCUUGAGUUUGUGGGGAAUGUAAACUGUGCUCUAGGCUCCCCUAUUGGCUUACAGGAAUCCUAAUAUGGGCCUGUAGUGUGAGGACAGAAGUGGGGCUCUGGCUUCCCUGAUUUGAUUGGUCCUGUGGGGGCCCCAUAAUUCUUGCUCUGUGAGCCGUGGCCCCUCACCAGAGUGUUGCCAUGGCUAGCCUUGGUGCCCUCUGUCUUUGUGGAGCUUUAUUCCUCUUAUCAAUGCUGUUUCCUCUAGAGCAUGGCUUGGGGGUGGGUCAGGUGGGACCCACUUCUAUAGAGGCUCUGCCUGGAGCACCUUCUCUACCCCUCAUCCAGGUGCUUCUGGGCAAGGCCCCACCCAAAACUAGGCUGCAGGGCCGAAACAGGCGCCUAGCCAGAGGGCAGCCACUGCGCUACAUGCUGAACUUGUAUCGGAGUGUUGCUGACAGGCAUGGUCGCCCGCGUAGGAACCGGAAGUUGGCCACCAAUACCAUCCGUCUGGUCAAGCCCUUUGCCAAGGCUCAGCAGCCUGGGGCAGGUCCCUGGUUGGUCUGGAAUCUUGACUACCACCUGGAAAUCCAGCCACAAGUGGAGCACCUGGUGAGGGCCACUCUGGUCUAUUCUCAGACUUUGUCCUUGGCUGAAGGCCAGUUCUUGUGCACAGCUGAGCUGCUGUCUAGCAAAGAUGCCAUGCCUAGGACCACCCUUAACCUCACUUCACCACAGGCUGGCAAGAGAAAUGCUACUACCUUUUCAUCCAAAGACAGCUGGGUGGAGAUGGAUCUUUCCACAUACCUUCAGCCAUGGGUCUGGGCUGCCCAGAACAGCCAAGUCCUCCAUGUGAGGCAUGCUUGUGCCUUUGUGGGGCAGCCUUGGGGAUCCAUCCCUGAUCCUGGCUGGAAGGAUGCAGUGUCCCUGAAUGACCCCUUCUUGUUGCUUUACCUCAAUGACACUUUGAGUGGACUUUGGACCAGGCUGGGGGGCUUGGGUUCAGGUGAGGUGCCUUUUGAAGAGAAGCAUCAUAGACAACCUAUUCAGACACGCCAGGCUCGCCAGGCAGGCAAUCUUGCCCUGGACCUCCCUAGCUACCUUCGCACAAACCGCAUCAAGAAGAGAGAAUGUUCCCUCCGUCCCUUCCGUGUCAGCUUCCAGGAGCUGGGCUGGGACCACUGGAUUAUCGCUCCACAUUCAUACCAGCCCCAGUACUGCAAGGGCAAUUGUCCCCGCAUUCUGCACUUUGGCUUCCGCUCCCCAAAUCAUGCCAUCAUUCAGAACUUCAUCAACGAGCUGGUAGACAAGAGUGUACCUCCUCCCUCCUGCGUCCCUUAUGAGUAUAGCCCAGUCAGCAUCCUUAUGAUGGAACAGAAUGGAACUAUCCUUUACAAAGUGUAUGAGGACAUGAUUGCAAAAUCCUGCACUUGUCGGUAGAUCUCUCUGGGGGAAGCUGAUUCCACAAGUGAUGCUGUUUCCCAUUUUGAGGCACUCCUGGAACCUAGAUGCUCUCUCCCUCCAAUCUUUGUGCAAGGAUGACUUUACAUGAUUUGUAACUGGGUUGCAAUGCAUGCCUUUAUUUAUUAUCUCUUGCAUUUUCUGACAGGUGCACCAAGAGGGUUCCAGGUUUUAAUAAAUGUGGUUACUUUUUUCAUCUGGGUCCCAAUGCCCUGCCUUCCCAGUGAUACAAUGUGCAUGCAAUGUCACUGGGCUGUUUUACAAAUGGAUUUUUAUACACAUGCUGGCAAAGUGUUGUCUUUUUUUUCUUUUUAGAGAAAGAGCUUGGUUGAGGACUACAUAGGUUCCUUAAUCUUGCCAGCAGCUUGAAGGAAGCAUGGCCAAUUUUGUCCUGGAGAUUGGGGGUGGGAAUGCUGAGGAUCUGUGGCUCCCUGCCUUAUCUCUGGAGAUUUGUUUGCUGCCCCUUUAACAACCCAAAAGCAAACUUCUCAAUCUUUUGAGUGCACUGAAUGAAUUGUGCCUUCCUCCUGGAAAACUAGAUUUCUCUCCUUUGGAACUGGGUGCAGGAAAUCACUGCUUGUUUGUGGGUCUAGAUGUUGGGAUUCAAGUUACCUCUUUUGCCCCAGGGGUUCAUAGGAAGCAGCUGGUCUGUUCUGAAGGGGGGGAAAACUACCACUUUUGCAAACACUGUCUGGAGUGGGUUGGGUGGGUGAUGAAUGAACUGUCCCAUUAUCUUCUCUCUUAUGAUGCCAGUGAGGACUGCUGUGCCUUUAGGCUAAUUCUUGUUGUCACUGCUGUAUCACUGCUGCAUGCUCCCCCCCCCCUUCCUUUUUUCCUCUUGGAUUUGCUGCCAGUCACUGCCUAUAUUUUCACUGCACAAAGAAAGCCACAGGAAUGUCCUCUGCAAUGCUGGGCAAUAUAGCCAGGGGAAUGCGAAAGGCUUUUUUAAAAUAUAUAUAUCUCUGGGGACAAGAGGGAAAAGGUUGUUGAGCAAAUCCUUUCUCUCUGGUACUGAAAGGUUUUAAGUCUCUUCCUAGGGAAUAAAGAAUAGAAUGUCUGAAUGUUUUAAGCUGAAAUUGGAUGUGGCCUGGGGGAUGGGUGCCAAAUGGUUUGUGGGCUGGCAAGAAGUCUUUUAGGUUCCUGGCUAGCUCCAUCCAAGAGGAAUAGGCAUCCCAGUUGUCCUGGGUAGAUGCAAAUGGAAGCUCCUGUUUGUAAUUGAUUGUAUCCCUGUAUUUUAAAGCACCUUGCUGACAUCUGAAUGUCUAUUGGCACAGUGCUGGGGGGUCUGGGCUUCUCCCUAAAACAGCCCCUGAGAUAUUUGGAAGCUUUGUUUGGAGACUCUGAUUGCUUUUUCUUGUAGGCUGCCUGAGGCAUCUUGUUUGGCCUUGAGCCCUUUAACCUUCCUCUGCUUUCUGAAGCUUAUUGUAGCCCACCCUGAUCUAAAUCAGUUGCCAAUAAGCUGGGGGUACCUUUCUCUUUACUACCUGGUAUAUUUAAAAUGAGACUCUGUAAAUAAAUUUGGUUUCUUUUUGCUAAA